GCAGGGACCUCCCGCGCUCCGCGGCACUUAGCUGCCCGCACAGCGCCUGCCCCGCACCCCCGCCAAAGGGAGCCACCACAAACAAACCAAGCGGCGGUGGGGCAGCUGCUGACGACCUUAGUGUGCGCCGAGCCUGGAGGCUAGGGAAGGCCCCGGCAAGGUGCUCACGUGUCUCCUAGGUGACUAGUUGCUGCUUUUGUCCCAACAGCCAGCGAGACGCCAGACAUGCGGCGGCCCAACAUCCUACUUACGGGUACUCCUGGUGUAGGAAAGACUACACUGGGCAAAGAGCUUGCAGCAAGAGUAGGAGCAACAUACGUUAAUGUGGGUGAUUUGGCAAAAGAAGGGGAAUUAUAUGAAGGCUUUGAUGAGGAAUAUGAAUGCCCAAUUUUGGAUGAAGACCGAGUAAUUGAUGAACUAGAAGACAAAAUGAAUGAAGGUGGAGUUAUUGUUGAUUAUCAUGGCUGUGACUUCUUCCCAGAACGCUGGUUUCAUAUAGUAUUUGUACUUCGCACUGAAAACUCAUUUCUGUACGACAGACUUGAAAACAGAGGGUACAAAGGGAAAAAACUACAGGACAACAUUCAAUGUGAGAUUUUCCAGACUAUUUAUGAAGAGGCAAUGUCAUCUUAUAAGGAAGAAAUUGUACACCAGUUGCCGAGUAACACGCCAGAGGACCUGGAGCGGAAUUUAGAUCAGAUUAUACAGUGGAUAGAGCAGUGGAUGAAAGACAACAACUGAAUUCUGAGGAAAAAGGAACAUGUUGGACUUUUUUUUUUUCCAGGUUAUUCUGGCCAUUCAAUAAAUGAAAUUUGUAAUUGUGGCAUGGUAAACUAACCUUUUUUAGUCACUGAAGUGCAAUUGAACGAUAACUUUUUAAUCUGAGAAAAACUGAGAAAUUAUAAUAAUGAUUGAUCAUACUGAUGAAUCUGAUAUGGUUAAAUUAAAAUAAUGCCAACCACUGAAGGAUGGAUUUUGUAUUGAGAGGAGCUGGCAUCUAUAUUAUAAAA